GAAACAGUAAAGAAAGCACUUGGGAAACAAAACAAAGCAAAUUUCAGUAUCAGUCUGAAACACACAAGAGGAAAAGGAUAAAAAGAGAAGAGUGUGUUUCUGUUUUUAUCAGAACAUAAAAGACCCUUCCCUGAGCAGCUGAAUCACUCAUUUUUAUAAAUUUCCAAAAUUACAAAAAAGGUCAAAUGGUAAGUGGGGGUUGCUGAGAAGGAGAAGUCUGCAAAAUUCCGAGAGAAAAGUAAAAGAGAUAGAAGCAGACAGUAAAAGCUCAAACCGUACAAACAAUAUAUAUAUAAAAUAUCUUUUUUCUUUCUUUCUUCUUCUAAGGCAUUGGCUUUCUGACACCAACUCUUUUGUGUCACAUUUUAUAAUAAAUUCUCUUAAAUCUGUAUUUACACUGUUAUUUAUUUCCCCCUGCUUUAGUUUGUGGGUUUCUGUAGAGAUGUCAGAGACAAGAGCUGCAAAAAAAAAAAAGGGGGAAAAAAAAGGCAGUUUCCCUCCACAACCAGAAGUUACAGAGAGAUGCAGUCAUAAUAUGAAAACACUUGAACAGACAAUAAGAGAGAGAGAGAGAGAGAGAGAGGUGGGCAUGCAAGCACUAUAAUCAGAACCAUUAGUUUACCCAUGGCUGAAGAUUCUGCAACCCAAAUGGUCUAUUAAAUAAAUAUACAGUAUCAGACUUGAGCAAUACUCAGAGGGCUCUAGUAAUAACCUAAACAGAGGAGGUUUCCCACACUCUUGCUUGGUUUCAUCAUCUUCCUUAGAGCUCUGUUCUGCCUGUCUUUUGAGGUUCUUGGUUGUUUUUCAACUGAUAUAUAGACUCGUUUCUUUUAUCUAUUUUAAGUAUGAGUACCAGAAAUAUGCUUCCUUUCACAUCAGCUCAGUGGCAAGAGCUUGAACAUCAAGCUCUCAUCUUCAAAUACAUGGUUUCUGGUAUCCCUAUACCUCCUGAUCUCCUCUUCAGUAUUAAAAGAAGUGCUUUGGACUCUCCUUUCACUUCUAAGCCCUUCCCCCACCAUCCUCAACAUGUUGGAUGGAACUAUUUGCAGAUGAGUUUGGGGAGGAAAAUAGACCCAGAACCAGGGAGGUGCAGGAGAACUGAUGGGAAAAAGUGGAGAUGUUCAAAAGAAGCAUAUCCAGAUUCGAAAUACUGUGAGAGACACAUGCAUAGAGGGAAAAAUCGUUCAAGAAAGCCUGUGGAUGUUUUGAAAACAACAGCAACAAACGACAUAAACCACCUCUCAAAUCCAGCAUUUUCUUCCUUAAACAACAACUCAUCCUUACUCUCCUAUCGACCGUUCCCCGCUCAUCAAAUAUCCUCAACUCCUAAUGGGAAUGGCAUAUCAACCAAAGACACCAAUACCCUCUUGCUUCUUGAACCUGGUUCUUACUCGGACAGAAACCCAGAUUACAGGUACACUUACGGGCUAAAGGAGGAUGUAGAUGAACAUGUUUUCUUCUCGCAAGAACCAUCUGAAGUCACUGCGAGAACUGAUUUCUCUUCGUCCAUAGCUAAUUCUCUGCAACUGACACCACUAACAAUGAGUUGUUCUUCUCUAUACCCAAAACAGAACAAUAGCUCCUCUUUGCAGAGUGAUCAAUCAUGUUAUCAGCUUCAUCAGAGCCUCACAGACCCUUUGAAGCAACAAAAGAGAGAUGAAUCACAGAAGACCAUUCAUCGAUUCUUCGAUGAAUGGCCUCCAAAAGAAAGAGGAUCAUGGCUUGAUUUCAACAAUAAAUCGUCAAAUACUAGCUCAGUUUCCACCACUCGGCUCUCAAUUUCCAUUCCCACAGCUUCAAACGACUUCCCCAUUUUCAGAUCAAAAAAUCCAUAGUGAAACCUAGCCCCAAACUCCCAAUUUUAUUUUCUUUGACCUUUCUCUUUCUCUAAAGUUAGCUUGUUCCUGUGCAGUUUGUUCCUGUGCUUGAUCUCCAGGGUGACCCCAGCUGUUCCUAGUUGAAUUUUGUUUUGUUCCCAGGGAUGUACUUCCCUGCUGAGUUUUCACCCCUUAUUUUUUCUUAUGUAGGGUGUGGUUGAAUUGGGCCAUGGGUUGUUUAUUAAACGAAUGUUCCAUCUUUUUUGUGUACUUGUUGACUUUUCUACAUCACUUCUUACGUAGGAGGUUUCUUAUCACUUGGACAAUGCUGCUAGACCAUGGGGCUCAAACUUAGUGGAAU